AUGCUUGAGCUUCGAAAGAAGGCAUGCCCGCAUGGUUUUGACGAGAUUAUGGAUACACAGUUGCUCAUUGCACAUUGUUAUCAUAUAAAUAAUGAUUGGCAAGAAGCAAUACAUUAUUUUAACAUGGCUUAUGACACACUUGGUAAAAAGACUAGCGAUAUUUCUAUUCAAGACUAUAAUCCAUUGAUUUCCAGCCAUGGAUUAUUAAUAAAAUCUCUGCUUGCGAUUAUUUAUCGAACUAUACAUAACUAUGAGCAAGCUAUAUAUCAUGCAAACAUUGCACUGGAAACAGAAGAAAAGCGCAUGUCUAGAGAUAAGAUUAUCAUUGCUUCCUGUUAUGACUUUAUCGGAUGGUGUCAUUACAUGAAAAAUGAAUAUGAACAAGCCUUGGAUUUUUGCAAUAGAGGCCUACAUUUGCUUCAUACGUGCAUAUCAGAUUGCGAUACUCGUUGUUGUAGUAUAUAUCAUAGUCUUGGUGUUAUUUUUCUUGAGCUAGGCGAUAUUAAACAAUCAUUCUCGUACUGCAUGAAAGGCAUACAUAUUUUAUCUGGCAAUAUGAAUGCUGACAACAAUAAUAAACGUAAUUUGACACAUUUCUAUUCGUUGCUAAAGCGCAUUUUCAAAGAAAAAUCUGAUCUAUUAAAAAAAACUACAUAUAUGGGAAAUCUGUCGAUUUCUGCAGAGGUUCAACAAAGUUCACAACUUUCUCCAUGUAUUGAAUUAAAUAACAUUGUGCAUUCGAAGUCUAUUUUGAGCACGACAAAUGCACAGUCUCUGUUCACCACAGAAGAAGAAAAUACAUAUUGGAUCAUGACGACUGCAAAAUUCGAACCUAUUGAUUCUUCUGAUGCUGGUGAUAGUCUUCAUAUGAUUCAGCUAGACGAAUCUUAA